GCGAAGUAGCGGCGCCACCCGUCGUGUUGGAGUUUUUUUUCUGGCUUACCAUGCCACCGCGUACGGUAAGAGUGAGUUCUUUUUAUUUUCCAGAUGUGUAGUUCACCAAUUCAAGAUAACUUGAUGCUCAUGUUUUGGGUUCCUUUAAAGAUAGUGCGCGUGCUGUUAACCGAUAGGAAAGGGCAGCGCCAGACAAUUUUCGCGCGGCAAUGGUUAGCCAAAUUAGCUUUGAGCAUUCUUUCACAUUUAAGAAGAACACGGAUGUAUGGCGCCCUCUUUUUCGUGUCCUGAAAGAAUCAGCCAAAAUAUCCAGCAAAUGUAGUUUAGGAGCCUGAAGUUGGCUUUCUUGCACACAACAUAUAUACGUGGUGAUGCACGCUUUACAGGAGCUAACGCCACCACGGGAGCGAGAAAUAAAUAAAUAAAUAAAUAAAUAAAUAAAUAAAUAAAUAAAUAAAUAAAUAAAUAAAUACAUAAAUAAAUAAAUAAAUAAAUACAUUGUGAAUUUACACGGCUGGGAGCUUCAAAAUGUACUAAAUAUCUGCAAAGUUAAAGCAAGCAGUUUUGAUAAUCAAUAUGAGAAAUUGAUCUCUUUCGACUUCCAGUAAGCGUAUAUAGAAACACACGUCAUAGAAGUAAUAACGGUUGCUGUAGCCAGGUAAUGACCUAAUGAUUCUAGCGGUUGCUUUCCUUUUUGAUCACGAACCGCAUUAGAAAUAGAGGCAAACAAAGGCGACAACAACCAUUCUCUCGUGUUGUGUCUGUUUCCCAUUCCAUGUGUCGCUGUUCAACGCCACUUUUUCUCUCUCAGUGUUGUGGUAGAGGUUGCAGUGGUCACCGGUCGCCUGAUUUGCGCAGAAAUGCGAAGGCACCAUUUUUUAUGAAUCGCAGCAAACUGGAAAGCGUACGAACAAAAAGAUGCCCCGAAAAAUAAAAAUAAUAAUAAUAAAAAAAAGGAAAUUAGCGUGUAGACCACUGGUAGCUCGAAGGUCACGGCUGACCAUGCGCACGGUCGUCAACGUGCGUCACUUCGAAUCGACUGCCGUCGGUUGGGCGGUCGCCUCCUUUUCAUAAGUGGCCCUGAUGCCACGCGCCGAGUGACACAGCGAUGGUGGUAGGAUCGAAGCAGCGAGAGAGGCGCCCGACGACUCGUCGCAGGCCAAGUACGACGCAGCGCCAUCGCGUGCGGGGGACCCCGUAUACAUACGCCGCGCCUCACGAACCUGUCCGCUGUUAUGCGUGAGGGUCGAUCACAAGUUAUUGCAACAAGGGCGCGUGAUUGUUAUCGCUCCGGUGCUGCUUUGUUUGUGAAGGAAGGCGCGCAAGUCGCGCCUGGCAAUCGUUGAUUCCCUCCUCCACCGCCCGUCUCUCUCUCUCUCUCUCUCUCUCGUUCUCUUCUUUUAUUUUUUAAAUGUUCCCUCCAAAUGUUUCCCUGACGACCAGCAGAGCGAAUCGUCCCGUCUCAGUGUCGGCGCUUGCAGGAAAGAGGGAGUCAGUUUAGGUUUGCUGGUACACUUUCAACGCGCAACAUGGAAGACGAAGUAAAUAGCCGCAAUGCAGGAUGACCAGCGCGGACGAUCAGUUCGACAUCUGUAUCGCUGCAUACAAACGACAGCGCAUACGUGCGCAACGCAAGGCGCCCACAGUGCUGCAAGCAUUGCAGGACCGAGCAGCAAGCGGCUUGUCCGGCCAAGUGAACGGACUCCCUCCGCGGCUGAUUAACAGCGUCAAUGGACCUCCUCUCGAUGAGAACGCGUCUCUCAAGAGAAUGCACGUACCACCCAUGGUCAACUGUGAGUGCAAUGGCUUCACCGUGUGCGCUCUGCUGGACACAUCCUGUCCGUUCUCGACGAUGUCGGAGCACACUGUGCACCGCCUCAGACUCGGCGAUCAGGUGUUGGCUUGGAAGCAGAGUCCACCGGAAGCCAGUGCCCUGCACCAACACCUGUUCAAUCUCAGGACGCCGGUCAGAGGCUGCGUCAAAAUGUGGACUUGGAAUUCGGCUCUUGGAAGCAAGUAUACGAGUUCGCCGUGGAAGAACCUUUUCCAGAAGUCAGCCUUGGAAUAGACUUCUUGAGAAGAUCGCAGUGCGUCAUCAACUUUGAGACUGCCACGUUGCUGGUUGGAGGCAUCAGAGGCGAGAAGGUACAGCUGCUCAAUGCCAAAGACAUAUCAUCUCAAAGCAUGGUGGCACUAGCACCAAGGACCAGUGUGCUGUAGCUUACUAUUUGACUAUCUUUUGUGUGCCUGAUGAUGUUAGCAUGUGCUCCUGUUUGUGAUUGCAUAAGUACAUGUAGCAGGGCAAGCACUCAUUAAUUGCCAGGAUUUAGCUUCACAAGGUGAGGGAUAAUUUUCACUGUCUACAACCUUAUAAGAAAUAUGGAGCCACCGAAGGUGAAGUUGUAACUAUCUGCAUUCAAAGUGAAGUUGUGCUAUAUAUAUAUAU